CAGGAUGAUCCCGGCCAACCACAAGUACUUCCUGCUGAGUGACCUGGCGUCGUCGCGGGACUACGAGCUGUGCGUCCUGGCCGUCUACGACGACGGCAUCACGGCCCUGACCGGCACCAAGCUGGUGGGCUGCGUGUCCUUCUCCACGGAGACGGAGUAUGGACGCUGUCACUCCAUACGAGACCAGUUCCUGGGAGGUACCAUGAUCAUCAUCAUCGGGGGGAUCAUCGUCGCCUCUGUCCUCGUCUUCAUCUUCAUCCUCCUGAUGAAGUACAAGCUGCACAGCAACCACUACAAGCAGAAAGCCGCCGCGCGCCACGCCAACGUCUGCUCCCAGACCAACGGGGGAGGGGGGGGCGCCAACGUGCUCGCCGGGCCUCCGUCCUCCUCCUCGGGGGGGCAAGGCGGAGGCGCUAAUAAAACCUCCCAACAACCGUCGGCGUCGGCGGACGGCAUGGGGGGGGCUUCUCUCCGAGGGACGACCGUAGUGGACUUGAACCCCACCCGCGACGACGACGCCAUCUCCCAAUAACACACAACA